AUGGCUGACCCUUACCAGAACAAUGUGUACCACCAAGGAGGAGGUGACACCUAUGGCACCUACGGAGAGGGAGGAGACCAGGAGGGCUACGGUUACCAGGGCGAGUCCUACCCUCAGGAGGAGGAUGCAGCCAGCGAUGCCACGGAGGGCCAUGAUGACGAGGACCAGAUGUACGAGGGAGAGUACCAGGGGAUCCCCCACCCUGACGAGGUGAAGGCGGCCCAGAGGGCAGCGAGGGCCAAGGCCAGGCAGGCUCAGGCAGGGGCCACAGAGCUGGAUGAGCUGGCUGAGCAGUAUGAGGACAUCAUGGAGGACUGUGGGCAUGGACGGUUCCAGUGGACCCUGUUUAUAGUGCUGGGCCUGGCCCUCAUGGCUGAUGGGGUGGAGUGCUUUGUGGUGGGGUUCGUGCUGCCCAGCGCGGAGAAGGACAUGUGCUUAUCCAAUGGAGAGAAAGGCAUGCUAGGUUUGACAGUGUUCCUGGGCAUGAUGGUUGGGGCGUUCAUCUGGGGAGGCAUGGCAGACAAACUGGGCCGCCGGAAGUGUCUGAUCUGGGCACUCACCAUCAACUGUGUCUUCGCCUUCCUCUCCUCCUUCGCCCAGGGAUAUGGCUUCUUUCUCUUCUUUAGGCUCAUCUCCGGCAUCGGUAUUGGAGGUUCUGUCCCUAUCGUCUACUCCUACUUCUCAGAGUUCCUUCAGAUGGAUAAGAGGGGGGAACACCUGAGCUGGCUGUGUAUGUUCUGGAUGGUGGGAGGCAUCUAUGCCUCCUUCACAGCCUGGGGCAUCAUCCCUCACUAUGGCUGGGGCUUCAGCAUGGGGACAGAGUUCCAGUUCCACAGCUGGAGGGUGUUUGUGCUGGUCUGUGCCCUGCCUGCCAUCGCCUCCCUGGUGGGGCUCAUGUUCAUGCCUGAGAGCCCCAGGUUCCUCCUGGAGAAUGCCAAACAUGACGAGGCCUGGAUGAUCCUGAAGAAUGUCCAUGACACCAACUGGAGGGCAAAGGGCCAGCCUGAGAAGGUCUUCCAGGUGACACACAUCAAGGCUCCUAAGACCCAGGAAGAUGAGUUCAUUGAGAUCCAGAGUGCCACAGGGACGGCUAUACAGCGUUGGGCCGUCCGGACCCUCACUCUGUGCAAACUGGUGCUGAAGAAUGUUGCUUCUCUCUUGGGACCUGAGCUGAGACUGAGUACACUGUUCAUGGCCAUCAUCUGGUUCACCAUGGCCUUCAGUUACUAUGGACUGGGUGUGUGGUUCCCUGACAUGAUCAAAUACCUGCAGCAAGAGGAGUAUGAGUCCAAAGUCAAGGUGUUCCACAGAGAGAGAGUAGAACGCUUCCACUUCAACUUCUCCCUGGAGAAUCAGAUCCACAGAGAGGGAGAAUACAUCAAUGACAAGUUUAUCAACAUACAGAUGAAGUCUGUUAAGUUUGAGGAUUCACUGUUUGAAGAUUGUUACUUUGAGGACAUCGAGUCCACUGAAACAAUGUUUGAGAACUGCACCAUCAGAUCCACUGUCUUCUAUAACACAGAUCUGUAUGAGGAAAGGUUCAUAGACUGUAGGCUGGAGAACACCACAUUCCUCCAUAAUAAGAAGGGUUGUCACCUGGACAUCGACAAGGAGAACGAUGUGCUCAUCUACCUGGUCAGCUUCCUGGGGUCCCUGGCUGUUCUACCCGGCAACAUCAUAUCAGCUCUGUUCAUGGAGAAGAUAGGCAGGGUUAAAAUCAUAGGCCUCUCCAUGCUGAUCUCAGCUGGCUGCACCUUGUUCCUGUUCCUGAGCUUCAGUCAGGCGGCCAUCAUAGCCUGGCAGUGUCUCUUCUGUGGGGUCAGCGUGGCAGCGUGGAACGGCAUUGAGGUCAUCACAGUGGAACUUUACCCAGCCUCCAAAAGAGCCACAGCGUUUGGGGUGUUGAAUGCUCUUUGUAAGCUGGCAGCCAUCCUGGGUACCUCCAUCUUUGCCUCCUUUGUGGGGGUCACCAAAGUUGUCCCCAUCCUCCUCUCCUGCACUGCUCUGGUGUGUGGAGGUCUAGUGGCCCUCAAGCUGCCCGAGACCCGGGAGAAGAUCCUCCAGUGA